GCUGCGUCGCGGCGUACGCAGUGUGAAGUACGUCGUUACCUGGCGACACGUCCGAAAUGCACAGAUUCGGCAGUCGUGAGCGCAGAUGGAUUAGGUAUUCGACGCUCCUCCCGCGCAAUUCUACGUGAGAAAAAAUAUAUACAACACGUAUGAAGGGACGACAGAACGGAUUUGAUUAAAUAAUACAGCGUCGGAUUUUGUUUUCCGUCGUGCGAUUCGCUCCUGCGCAGGAGCAACGCUCGGUCGAUGUGAAUCGGGCAUAAGGCAGUCCAAUAGGCGUCCGCGGGUCGUGUCACAACGGCGGCGACGCGGACGGGCGAUUCUUGCGCUGCGCGUGUCGGCCCGCGGAACUGCACGGCGGCGGCCGAACGUGUGUUAAAUGGCUGUGCGUCGGCCAUGAUGGCUUUGAGCAGGGACCGUGUCACGCAAACAUGUUUUCAAAGUGAUAUAUCUCGUUUGGUGACUGAGUGACCGUGUUCCAGCGCGAUGGCCGGGGAACGAUGAGGCCCUGAGCGCUCUCUGUGCCGGGUAAUUCGGCCCCAGGGGCCCCAGCCAGGCCUUCCUCCGCCAGGUCCACGGCCUGCGUUCCGCGAAGCCCGAGACCCCCCUCAGCCGACCCGACUGGCCUCUCACGGUGCGGUGGUGGCGGCGGCGGCGGCGGUGGCGACGGCGGUGACGACGGUGGUGACGACGGUGGUGGUGGCGGUCAGCCAUCCUUGGUUGUCAACACGCGCGAGCGCGAGCCAACCGCCCUUAGGAUGAGCAAGCUGUCGUUCAGGGCGCGCGCCCUGGACGCCUCCAAGCCCAUGCCGAUCUUUAUGGCUGAGGAGCUGCCGGAUCUACCAGAUUAUUCGGCCAUUAACCGCGCGGUACCCCAAAUGCCCAGCGGCAUGGAAAAGGAGGAGGAAUGCGAACAUCAUCUUCAAAGAGCAAUAUGCACAGGUCUAAUCAUUCCUACUCCUGAAGUAACUGAUCUGACAGAUGUGGAGGCUUAUAACAAGAUAUAUCCUGCUAAUUAUAAGCUGCCUCGUCAAUUAAUACACAUGCAACCCUUUGCUAUGGAACAAGAUAUACCGGACUAUGAUAUGGACUCGGAAGAUGAAAAGUGGGUUGCGCUACAAAGCCAUAAGAUGGAAUUGACUCCUCUCCAGUUUGAAGAAAUGAUGGAUCGUUUGGAGAAGAGUUCAGGACAAACUGUAGUUACUCUCAAUGAAGCCAAGGCACUUUUGAAAGAAGAUGAUGAUUUAAUUAUUGCAGUGUUUGACUAUUGGCUCAACAAGCGUCUCAAAACUCAACAUCCCUUGCUAUUAUCGGUUAAAACGGAGAAUCGGUUUGGCUCGGCUGCCAAUAAUCCAUAUCUAGCAUUUAGGCGACGUACAGAAAAAAUGCAAACCCGAAAGAAUCGAAAGAACGACGAAACCAGUUACGAGAAAAUGCUGAAGCUUCGUAGGGAUCUCAGUAGAGCGGUCACACUUCUGGAGAUGGUGAAACGCCGCGAAAAGACGAAACGGGAACAUCUGCAUCUCACAAUCGAGAUUUACGAAAAACGGUAUCAAGCGCAAGACUUUAACGGACAAAUAUUGGCAGAGGUGUCGGCGUUAAAGGCACCGAGACCAGCAUUUGCUCCACUCUUUACCAACCAGUUUGGCGUUCAUCAAAAUUGGACAAACAAAGUUUGUAAAGACGAAGUGGUGCCCAGGAAAGAAAAGAGACAAUAUAAGAAGCGGAAGCAUAAAACAGAUAGCAGGGGAGGAAGUUUGGACGACACUGGUAUUCGUAGCGGAACGGGUAGUGGUGGCGGGCGAGGAAAUCGCCCAGGAGUUCUCGGAAGUGGGCUGGACCCGCUCAUCAGUUCGGAUGAAGAUAGUCCGCUUCCAUCUCAUUCGCACUCCCAGCCCUCUUUACCCUCCGAUCGCGAUGACGAAGAUACCGCAGACGAGGGUCAAUUCGCCUUUCGACGAAAUAGGAAUAGCUCUUAUUUACCACCUGUAUCAGGUGGCUUUGGAAAUUGGCCUUGGUGUGAUAAAACCGAAGGCGGGAUUGCUGAUAAAAAGUAUAGGUUUGCAUUAACUAGCAUCAGCAAACCAGUGCCAAGGUGUAUUGGCUUCGCACGACGGAGAGUGGGUCGUGGUGGCAGAGUAAUACUAGACCGCUGUGCGUCCGAUAUGGAUGACAUGUGGUCUACUUUAGAUUUCACGAUACACGAUUCCAAGCGCGAGACAGCAGCUUUGAAUACAACUGCCACAGCAACGACUACCGUCAAAAAAGAGUGGUUACAUUUUCGACCAAAGACUCCACCUGUGCACAGUCCAAGUGAAGAGAGUAGUGACACAGACUCGGAUGUUGAGCCAACGGUGUCUCGAUCCAAGCUUCCAUACCCGUUCCCACCCGAGGCGACGUCCAUAUGCAUCGAGGUGGAGCCGGAACGCGCGGGUGACGAAUCACCAUUUGUGUCGGAGUUUAAUAUCGCAGAUUACUUUGCGAUGGACGCCGUGUCGGACUUUGAACUCGCGGUGGCGAGCCUCAGUAGUAAUACGAGUAAUAGUUCAUACACCGGUGGUCUCUUGGAUGGUGGCGUGAACGAAUCACGGACAGACGGCGAAUUGGGCAGUUCGCAUUUCGUGGUGACGCCACUCACGAAUAAUCUGUUUGCGCCACCCACCACGACACAACAAAUCCGGCUCGCCCAUUGUAGUGGUGGUUCUAGUGUUGUACAUACUUCUACGUCGAGUUCUUCGUUGAUUCCUUCAUCGUCCUCCGUUGUCGCGUGUAAUCCAGCUAUCGUGGCGUCGACUGCAGCGUCCACGCAGUGUACUGUUGGCACUGUCAGCAGUGCCGUAGUUGACACGCAGUCGAAUCAUCAGCCCAAGCAGCAACAGCACAGACAAUUGCCGAACAAUAGCGUGGCUGCCUCCAUUCUCUCUAAAUCCUUGACUAGUCCGACAAAUAAUAGGAAUGGAGGCAGCUCCGGCGGUAGUGGCGGUGGUAGUGCAAAUGUUAGAGUGUUUAGUGCGAGUACCACAUGCAGCGGUGGCAGUGGUGGUAGUAGCGGUGGUGGUGUUAGUAGUAGCAGCAGCAGCAGCGGUAACGGCAGUAAUGUCACAAACUUUGGCAAUAGCCACCAGAAUGGUCCGCUAUCACACAUAAACAACUCUAAUAAUCUGACGAACAGCACCCACGUCGUGAACAACCAACAGUCCACGUUAGUCUUACCACAGAAGCAUCCACCGUCCAAUAUGUUACCCGGCCUGAUAACGCAAAGUAAAUUGGUGAGCCUUGCGAGGCAGCAGCAACAGCAGCAGCAACAACAAACGCAAAAUCAGGUGCCACAGGUCCCAUCGUCCGGGGAAAUUACGCUUAAUAGUAAUAGUGAAAGUUUGGAUAUGGAAGUGGAUGGAGUGGACAGUUCGCCGUGUGACAGCAAGUCGCAGCAGCAGCAGCUUGUACGGGCGAACAAGACAAAUUCACUGGCGAUGGAAGUGACAUGAUGCCUGCUAUCGGCACCCCUGUUGCCGCCAAUACGUCACUGGGGGCUUCGCUAAUUCUCUUACCUUGCCUAUGUCUGCUUCGGGCGAGAGAUCGGACGCGUACCGAUACUGUUAUGUUGACGUGAAAGCGAUACGGCUAGGUACAAUUGCUCAUCCGAUCAGUUGUUUUGUCAUGGCGACGCUAAUCAGCGAUAGCGUGGAUUCUAAUGCAAGUACCAAGUUUCUUUUUCUUUUCUCCGUCGGGGAAUCAUGUAAUCCGUAUUCUUCAAAUUAUUUUUUUCCUUGCUCAUUGAACGAUCACCCACUGCUAAACGUAAUCGAUAGCCAUGUGAAAAAUGUUGCCAUUGUAGAUACAAAAUUCCAAAAUCGAUCGAUUCGAAACUAUCGUUCGAAAUUAGCACAAACGUUUUUAAUAACAAUGCUCAUUUUCUUUUAUGUUUUUAUAAGAAUAAGAAAUGAUAUAUAGAAUCUAGGACAAAUUCCUAAUCUUGACGCGAAUAGUUUAACUAGAAAAGAAAAUAAAGGAUUACGUAUAUAAUAAGUUAUCAAAAUAUUGCGUGCAAUACUUCUCAUUUACUUUUAUCUUAUUUUUAGUGACAAUAGUCUGCAACAAUCUCAUUUGUUCAAUGCAAGGAAAAUCGUAAUCGCAAGUUCGAGAUGCAAAAUUGAUUAUGUUGUUUUAUCUUGAUCAGAAUCGCUCAUUUAUAUCAGAUUAAUACAAUUUAAUUACACAAUAAUUGGGCGCACAAUUAAUGUAGCAAGCUUUCUCAGACACAGCAUUCAUUAUUGAAUUAUCGAAACUCUGCAAAAAGAAAAAAAUUUUUUAAUUUUGUACGUCUCAUAAUAUUAUUCAGAAUACAUAUUCAAGAAUAGAAGUUUCGUAAAUUCGAUAAACUUAUUUUAAUUAUCCUUGAGAUAAUUGUUAUUUUUGAAAAAAAAAAGAUUUUGAAUAAUUUCUCCAUAAGUUUCUCCAAUGCAUGGAGAAUAAGUACAGAGCAUUAUAUUAGCAAUGGCGGGGAUUGUAUAGUAAUCUGCUUGUAAGUAACAAUAGUAUAAUAAUAGAAUAUGCUCGAAUUACAUCUUAUCGCUUUCCAGAUAAAUAACGUUGCAGGAAAGGGAAAAGUAGAUUAAUUAAUUUCUUACGAAAGUGUACGAUUUUUCUCAAUAUUGUAUAUAGAUUCGGUUCGCGAGUAUUGUCCGACUUUAUAUAGUAAUGCUCCUUAUAUGUAUAUAUGUAUGUGUGUAUGUAUAUAAUGUGUGUACAUAUGUACACAGCAUAUGCAUACACACACACGCAUAUAUAUAUGUAAAAUACAUACAUAUAAAACUACGUUAAAGGCUUCCAGGCUGUGAAAUAUCGAAUAUGCUAUUGUUAUCAAUUGAUCUUUGAUAGCAUUAAGUCAUUGUAAUCGUACAAAAUUUCUUUUUCCCCCCUUCUCUUCAGUAAUCGCCAAGAUGUAUAUUUUGAUUCUUGCAUAUCUGUCGCCACGUAUUACGCGCAAUCGAUGUGCAAUUACAAUGUAAUAAUAACUUUAUAAUGUUGCGUUUGGAAAGCUUGUAUCAUGGGAUUUAUGUUUUGCGUGAAAGGAUCAUUUAUAUACUGUAUUAGAAUCUACAAAGUUCACUGGGAGAAACGUAUGAGAAUACUUAUGUCUUUCACACAUCAGUGACUGAAAUUACCACUAUCGACGUAAGUUAAGGAAAUAUCGAAAUACUUUUGAGCGAUGGUGUUUUGGCAAAGUAGAUACACAAGCGGUUAAAUUUUAUUAUCUCUAAAGGCAGAUUUAUUAACGCAACUGUAUAUGUAUUCUAUACGAAUUUAUUUCGUGAUUUUUUUUUUUACAUCUCUCCCGCGUAUAAACGAUUUUUAACGAGAUAAGAUUGAAGCAAGCUAUUACGAUAUUGCACCUCAUAUCACAGUUUUAUCAGUCUUCUCACAAAAACUCGGUAUCGUAGAUAAACG